ACAUUCUGUCAGCUUGUAGCAGAGUAAAGGACGUUUUGGUGAUUUGUCCAGCACCACAGCAGAGGAUGCAGGUCGGUGCAAACGGAGGCCACUAACUACCCACCGUUUACACCUUGCGACUUGUCCGGGUGAUGCGUCUGUGAGAGAAGGGAGGCAAACGAGAACAAUUCAAAAUGGGAGACAAGGAUAGUGUGGAGAAGUACCUGGAGAACAAUCCCCAGUUCGCCAAAGAGUACUUUGACAAAAAGUUGAGUCCGGAAGUGAUCGCGACAACGUUCGCAGAAAACCUCAAAGAUCAAUCUUCCUUCAAAGAUGUCUCCCAAAUUCAGGAGGCCAACAUCAUCUAUGACCUGGUCAAAGAAAUGCAAUCGCAAAUCGUUAUGGAAAAGGUAUUGCACAAGGUCCUGCAGAGAGUUUGCUUGAUUUUGAACGCAGACCGGUGCAGUUACUUUGGUCUUCGAGCUAGAAAUGGAAUAGCUGAGCUUACAACGACGCUCUUCAAUGUCACCCCUACCUCCAAAUACGAAGAAAACCUUGUCAACCCCACUAAUGAGAUUGUGUUUCCAAUCGAUAUGGGUGUAGUUGGAUACACAGCGCACUCCAAAAAGAUGCACAACAUUCCGGAUGUUACAAAGAAUAACCGCUUCAGUGACUUUGUGGACAAGCAGACAGGAUACAAAACCAAAAACAUGCUCUCAUUCCCCAUGAUGGCUGAUAAGGAAUGCCUUGGUGUUGCCAUGGCACUAAACAAAAUUGGGGCUGAAGAAUUCUCAAAAGCCGAUGAGGAACUCUGGAACAAGUACUUGGUCUUUGCCCAAGUCAUUGCCACGCAGCAUCACACUGCAUACAUGUUCAACGUGGAAUCCAGGAAAGGUCAGGUCCUUCUGUGGUCUGCCAGCAAAGUAUUUGAAGAGUUGACAGACAUUGAGAGACAGUUCCACAAAGCUCUGUACACUGUGAGAAUCUACCUCAAUUGUGAAAGAUACUCCGUGGGCCUCUUGGACAUGACCAAAGAGAAGGAGUUCUACGAUGAGUGGCCAGUGAAGCUGGGAGACGUACCACCGUACAGCGGACCAAAGACCCCCGACGGAAGAGAAGUCAUCUUCUACAAGAUCAUCGACUAUCUCUUAGAAGGACCCAAAGAGGAAAUCAAAGUCAUACCGGGUCCUCCUAUUGACCACUGGGCCCUGGUGAGUGGGCUCCCCACUUACGUGUCAGAGAACGGCUAUAUUUGUAACAUGAUGAAUGUUGCCGCUGAUGAAUACUUCACGUUCCAGAAAGAGGCUGUGGAUGAGUCAGGUUUCGUCAUCAAGAACGUCUUGUCCCUUCCCAUCGUCAACAAAAAGGAAGAAAUUGUGGGUAUUGCCACUUUCUUCAACAGGAAAGAUGGUAAACCAUUCGAUGAGCACGACGAACAGAUCACUGAGGCCCUCACCCAGUUCCUGGGAUGGUCGGUGUUGAACUGCGACACGUACGACAGACUGAACAGAAUGGAGUGGAGAAAGGACAUCGCCCAGGAGAUGCUCAUGUGCCAGACUAGAUGCACCAACAUAGAAAUGCAGAGUAUCCUGAACACAAAGGAAAAGUUUGAUGCGGAUCCAGAGGACUGUGACCAGAAAGAGAUGUACAAACUCUUGAGAUCAAAUUGUCCUGUGGCCAUAGACGUCGACCUGCUACUGUUCUCCUUCAGUGACUUCCCUGUGACUGAGCACGGCCUCAUCAUGUGCGGGAUUCGCUGCUUCUUUGAGCUGAACGUGGUGGAGAAGUUCAAAGUGCCAGCAGAGACCCUCACGCGAUGGAUGUACACUGUCCGGAAAGGUUACCGUGACAUCACCUACCACAACUGGAGACACGGCUUCAACGUGGGUCAGACCAUGUUCUGUCUUCUACAGACUGGCAGGCUGAGGAAAUAUUACUCUGACCUGGAUGCCUUUGCCAUGGUGGCCGCUGCAUUCUGCCACGAUAUUGACCACAGGGGGACCAACAACUUAUACCAGACAAAGAGUGGAUCGCCUUUAGCCAAACUACACGGAUCCUCCAUCAUGGAGAGGCACCAUUUGGAGUAUAGCAAGACGCUCAUGGCAGAGGAGAGCCUGAACAUCUUUGUGAAUCUCCAGAAGCGUCAGUUUGAGACUGUACAGCACUUGUUUGACGUCUGCAUCAUUGCCACUGAUCUGGCCUUGUACUUCAAAAAAAGAACAAUGUUCCAGAACAUUGUGAACGCCACUGAGCCAAUGGAAACCGAGAAGGAUAAAAUCGAUCAUAUUUCCAACAACCCAAUCAGGAAGGAAAUUAUCAUGGCCAUGAUGAUGACAGGUUGUGACUUGUCUGCCAUCACCAAACCAUGGGAUGUCCAGAGCAAGGUGGCUCUUAUGGUCGCAGCUGAGUUCUGGGAGCAAGGUGACUUGGAAAGGACCGUUCUCGAUCAGCAACCCAUUCCCAUGAUGGACAGAAACUGUGCGGCGGAGUUACCCAAGAUGCAGUGCGGUUUCAUUCAGUUUGUGUGUGCGUUCGUGUACAAGGAAUUCUCAAGGUUCCACGUAGAGAUCACCCCCAUGUUUGAUGGGCUGAACAUCAACCUAAAGAACUGGAAAGAGCUGGCCGACAUCCACGCCGCCAAGAUGGCAGCCAUCGAGGAAGAGAAAAAGAAGCUUGAGGCACCACCAGCCGAUGAGGUCCCAGAGGGGGGAAAGUCCAAGACCUGCACCAUUGCCUAACCCCCUGGAGUGUGCCUCUGCCCUUGCCGUGUGGCGGAGGAUCCCUAGGCGCAGCAGGCAGUCAGUGUGAAGUUGUAUCCCUUUGUGGACAGACUCGAUCGCUUCCCCUCAUUCUCAGGACUUGAUAAGCCAAUCCUGAUGGAUCAACACAGAUGUACCAGCAGUUGGAGCAUUACCAUAUCUGGACAGCACAGUUAAAGUAGAGCAUAUCUUUCACAGAUAACUAACUAUAGGUACUACUUAAUCGGCAACUAACAUCAUCAAUGUAAUGAAACAAACAUUACAUCUUAACAUCUGCCAAAUGGCAUAUACUGUAUUUAAAUACUAUUUAUUGAGACACAUUCUGCUCGGGGAAAUAAUUAGCUGUACAUUUUUAUCCAAACUCUGAUGGCCCAUAAAGAUAUGAGGGUGAGAGUUCAGUGGACAAACUUUUAUAACUGAGCUGUUUUAUGAGAACAGGAAUACUGCUAAAUAUCUUAUAUACACAUCUCAAGAUUUUUUUUACAAACAAAUAUGAGUACAAAUGAUAACACAAACUCUGUAGAAAGAGAGAGACGGACACUGCUCCUUUAGAAUGCUGUGCUGUAAGAGCACACGCUUCUUCCCAUAACUCAAGCUUAAAAGGUAAACUUGCUACUGUGUUUUAGCAAGUGACAAUUGACUUUACCGGAGGUUGAUAUAGCAGCAAUGCUGAAAACGUGCACACUCUUCUGAGCCUUGUGAAGGUAUAUUUGUGUUAAUAUGCUAAAUAUAUAUUUUUGGAUUGUUUGUCAGAUUUUCUACUUGAUGUAUUUUAAGAGUCUUUAGAUCGUAUGAACUGAUGAUCUGGUUAGAAGUCGCGUUUGAGCAUCAGGUAUCCAUUGCAAACUAUGUACAAUUUGAAACUGCACAACAUUUUCCCAAUAACUUGAAAAUGUAAUAGACAUAUUACUUGCUAUUUAUACAUAUGUGUAUCAUAUAUUGAAAUGCAGUAAUCUUUCAAAAAUAUAGAUUAUGCUAUUAUGUAUGUGCAUUCUCCCAAAAAAAUGUAGUUCAUCACAUAGGAAAUGUAUGUAAAAUAUGUACAAAUUAAAUCUACAAUUUGCUUGUUACUAGGAGGCAAGCCUCGGAAAUGUUCUAUCAGGUUCGUGUGUCUUCAAGUACCUGACCAUAAGAUGAUUUGAUGGGAUUGAGUUUGCUUGCCAGACAGCUUUUGAGAUCUGCACAGCUUUAAACUUUAAAUACCCUACUUACUGUAGAUCAAGCAGGCUACCGAAGUCUUAUCAUAUCUACUGUUUGUGAGGGCCAUCAUGUUUGUUUGAUGGAGUACCAGCCUCCAAUGUGGUCUCAGGCAGGCCAAAGUCCUUAUUUUCUUUGUUUGACCAUUCGGGGACCUGUGUAAAAUGUACUUAUGCAACAGUGAGAAAGUUCAUUGAUGAACCCGAUUGAAUUGCAAUGGGGUUCCCAUAAAAAUAACUCCUUACAAGUCCUGCCGAGACAUCUCCUUUCGACCUACUGUAACAGGUGACUGAGGCGUCUGCGGAGGCAGUGGCUGUAAGCAGGAAACAAUGCAGGCAAAGUUUGAUUCUUUGCUUAUGCAACGUGCCCUGUCAACCAAGAGCACUAAUCCAAUAAGAGUGGCUUUGACAGCCAACCUGCAUCUUAAAUGGCUUCUCUGAAUCUUUGUUCCUAAAGCUGCUAGGCAGGGCAGGCCACUCGGAUCAGGGCUUUACACUAUGACAGCCAUAUGGGAAAGUGAGUUCAUCUAUCCUACGCAUACAUUUAAAGGACCCCAAGAUGUAUAUCUACUAAUUAAAUUGAGUUAUCAUUGAGAGAGAUUAGAAUUUGAUGUCUGAUGAAAGGAAUUCUACUGUAUGUACGUGUCAUAAAAUGUAACGUGUUAACAAAAUAAAGGCAUACAUCAAAGUC